AUGGUUUUCGCAGCACAAGCGGCCUCCCCUCACUGGAAAGUGCUGCUGCUCCUCACUGCAGCAGCAGCAGCAACAGCAACAGCAGGAACAACAGCAGCCGCAGCAGCGAGCGGAGCAACAGCAGUAGCAGCAACAGCAGUUGCUGCUGCUGCAGCAGCUGCUGCUCCAUCUGCUUCUGGAAUCGAUGUGGGCGAUGACCAGCCGUGCAGCUGCUCGGGUGUCUCUGCAGCAGCAGCAGCAGCAGCAGCUGCUGCUGCUGCUGCGCCUGCAGCUCUGCCUCCUGCUUCGGUUUCUGGCGUUUCCCCCGAAGGCGUUUACUUCAUCCCCAACCCGCUGCCAGCAGCAGAGUCACCAGAAGGCUGUUUGAGGUUGGGGCCGCACCAGCACCAGCAGCAGCAGCAGCAGCAGCAGCAGCAGCAGCAGAUGUGUUCGCCUGCAGAGAGUGCUGUGUGGGCCCAUCCAUCUGCAUACACAGCCAGCAUCGUGUUCACUGAAACCAAAGGAGAGAGAAAGACAGAGACAGAGAGAAAAAAAAGAGAGACAGAGAAACAACAGCAGCAAAAGAUAUACAAACAACAAAAGGAAGCAGAGACAAAGAAGGAGACAGAUAUCAGGCUCGACCCAUCCGCCCAAGCUGCUGCUGCUGCUGCUGCUGCUGCUGAUGCUGCUGCUGCUGCUGCUGCUUUGGACUCGAGUUUGCAGCAGGGGUUUGCAGCAGCGCAGAAGGAAAUAAAAGAAAGACUAGCAGCAGAGCGCAGCACGAAGGCAACUGAAUACCACCACCGCCACCCGCACCCGCACCCGCACCCGCAGCAGCAGCAGCAGCAGCAGCAGCAGCAGCAGCAGGAGCAGCAGGAGCAGCAGGAGCAGCAGCAGGAUGAGCACGGGAAUUUGUGUCGCCGGGGCCGCUCUCCCUCUUAUGAAGAAAGAAAAAAAGAUUUUUUGUUUCAAUUCAAUUCAACUUAUUCGGCAGAAGCAGAAACCACAGCAGAAAGAGAACUGAAAAGGCUGCAGGGAGAUAUAUACCUCGACUAUGCAGGAAGCGCGCUGUAUAAAGAAGAACAAAUUUUGUCUGUUUUCGUCGACUUGGCGGCAAACGCCUUCGGCAAUGCUCACUCAAGAAACCCCUCAGCCAAACGCACCGAUGAGAGGACUCGAGAGGCCCGCCAGUUGACUCUGCAGUUUUUUGGCGCUUCUGAAGCUGAAUAUGCCGUUGUCUUCACUUCAGGGGCUACUGCUGCUAUAAAGCUGGUGGCUGAGGAUUUUCCUUUUUCUUCUUUUUCUCGUUUUUUUUAUCUCCGCAUCAACCACAACUCCGUGCUGGGCGUCAGCGUUGCAUCGUACUCGGACAAACAGCACUUGAAGCAGCAGCAGCAACAGCAGCAACUGCAGCAGCAACUGCAGCAGCAGCUGCAGCAACAACAGCAGCAGCAACUACCAAUAUGUGCCUGUUGA